AUGACUUCCGCUACUGUAGACCGAAUGACUAAGAUUCUGGUUGCGCAGUAUCUUGCGAAAAACGACUACGAAGAGGCAUUGUCAAAUUUCCUGAAGGAGUCUGGACUCGGGAGAUCAGCAGUAGAUCGGAGCCAGGAUGCUUUCGAAGAUUUGGAGACCAUUGUGACAGAGCGCAUUGCCUUUAACGAACACCAAAUAGCCGCUAAACUUGCCGAGACGUCCCUGAAUGAUGACAUCAAUCCCAUCGACUCUAAGUUCUAUUUGCCAUCCUGGGAUCACACGCAAAAACUGCAACCAGUGGAUUUUCCAUCGAAACCGACAGCAAUGGCCAUCGAUCUCGAAUUGAGCGUUGGAUCACGACUGUGCGUCAGUACGGUCGACAAACAAGUUUACUUCUACAGUCCAGACCUUGAAGUUGCCAAAAAACUCCAGUCUACAUCGGGCGUGAUAAAAAAGUGCGGCGUUUUACCCCAUAAUGAAGCACUAAUGUACUAUGUAUGUGGCAUGGAUGGGACACUUACCAUUUUCGAUGAUUCUUUUGACCCCAAAUUGAAACAUAAAAUUCACUCCCGAAUCGUCAAACACAUUGACUUCUUUCAAUUGAAGAAUAGCUCUCAGUAUUUAUGUUUCAGUUUCGGCCUGGACAACUACAUCAAGAUUCACCUGAUAGAUCUCGCAAGCUCAAGUGUUUUGCUCAAAGGUUCUCAAAAAUUGAUCACCGCGUGUACCUCAUUUCAGCUGGUACAAACACCCACGAAGCAACCUUUGCUAUUCUUCACACGACAGGAUCACUCGCAACUUAUUAUCCUCGCUCUGCACAACGGAACUUUAGUGGAACACUGCAAGGUGGCACUCAACAGUGCGAAGUUCAGUUUAAAUUCUUUCAAUAUCCAGUCUUUGGCAAUUCUGAACCCGAACGACGCCAAAAAAUCCAGCCAUGUUUCUCAGAAUUCACAUCUGAGGUUGAUACAAGAAGGGUCUAUGGUAGCCGUAGCUACAUCUCACACUCCUUACAUGCGACUCAUCAUUUUAGAAAUACCAGAUAUUUUAAGCUUUGAAGUAGGAUCUGAUUGCCAAACUCAAGUCUACUACGAUAAAGUGCUUAGAAAUAUUGCCACUGUAAUCCCCCAAGAUCAGUUUUCGCAAUCCAUCAUAAAAACCUGUCAUCGAACCGGAGGCAUCAUUGUCGGCAGCGAUUCGGGAGUAUACGCCAUUGAUGUUUCUAACUGCGAUUCAUGGCAUUUGAUAGCAGACGGUCAAAGAGUGAAAACAAUGAACUCGCUAGAGGACACACUCGCCAUAGCUUACGCCAACAGUGACAUAGAAAUAUUCCGUUGGCGCCAGGCUACCUAA